AUGAUUUUCCAGCUCGCAUGUUUUUCUUAUAAAAAUAGCCCAGACCCCAUAUCUGCCCAUAACUUUAUAUUCCGUUCCCGGACCAACUUGAGGAAUACACUCACUACAAAUAGCGCCGUCAUGACAUCGCCAACAUCUCUAUCUGCAUGGAACAAACUACAACAACUUUAUGAAUCCAAGGGAAAAUCCUUCUCUACUAGAGAUGCCUUUGCAUCCAACCCAAAAAGAGUUGAGGAAUUCUCACAUACUUUCUCCAACUUUGACGAUUCAAAGAUCUUAUUUGAUUUCUCCAAGAACUUGAUUGACACUGAAAUCUUGUCUACAUUAAUUGAAUUAGCAAAGGAAGCUAAUGUCGAACAAUUGAGAGAUGAAAUGUUCCAAGGUAAACACAUCAAUACUACCGAGGACCGUGCCGUUUAUCAUGUUGCUUUAAGAAACAGAGACAACAAGCCAAUGUACGUCGAUGGCGUCAAUGUUGCACCAGAAGUUGAUGCAGUUCUUCAGCACAUGAAGGAAUUCUCCGAUUCUGUCAGAUCUGGUGAAUGGAAAGGUUACACGGGCAAGAAGAUUGAAAAUGUCGUGAACAUUGGUAUUGGUGGUUCUGAUUUAGGUCCUGUCAUGGUCACCGAGGCCUUGAAGCACUAUGCCCACGAAUCAAUCAAAGUUCACUUUGUUUCCAAUGUUGAUGGUACCCAUAUUGCGGAAACGUUAAAAGUCUGUGAUCCAGAAACUACCUUAUUCUUAAUUGCAUCAAAGACUUUCACAACAGCUGAAACCUGCGCUAAUGCAAACACCGCAAAGAACUGGUUCCUUGAAGCGGUUAAAGAGCCAACACAUAUUGCAAAACAUUUUGUUGCGCUUUCAACUAACGCUGAAGAAGUCGCCAAAUUUGGUAUUGAUACUAAGAACAUGUUUGGCUUUGAAAACUGGGUCGGUGGUAGAUACUCAGUCUGGUCGGCUAUUGGUUUAUCCAUUUGUAUAUAUGUUGGUUUUGAAAACUUUGAGGCUUUCCUCAAGGGAGCACAAGCUCUUGACCAUCAUUUCCAAUCAACCCCAAUUGAACAGAAUAUUCCAUUCAUUGGUGGUUUAUUAACAAUUUGGUACAACAACUUCCACAAGGCUCAAACUAAAUUAGUUGCUCCUUUCGACCAAUACAUGCACAGAUUCCCAGCUUACUUGCAGCAAUUGUCAAUGGAAUCUAACGGUAAAUCUGUUACAAAAGAUUCUAAAUUUGUCAAUUACGAAACAGGUGUUGUCUUAUUUGGUGAACCAACCACUAAUGCCCAACAUUCUUUCUUCCAAUUAGUUCACCAAGGUACCAAAUUGAUCCCAACCGACUUUAUCCUUGCAGCUCAAUCCCAUAACCCAAUUGAGAACAAUAAGCACCAACUCAUGCUUGCUUCCAACUAUUUUGCCCAAGCCGAAUCUCUUAUGUUAGGUAAGUCCAGAGAACAAGUUGAAAGCGAAGGCACCACCGGUAGUUUAGUCCCACACAAGCAAUUCUCUGGUAACAGACCAACUACCUCUAUCUUGGCUCAGAAAAUUACUCCAGCCACACUCGGUGCUUUGAUUGCGUACUACGAACACGUCACCUUCGUUGAAGGUGCUAUCUGGGGCAUCAACUCAUUUGAUCAAUGGGGUGUUGAAUUAGGUAAGGUUUUAGCCAAGGUCAUCUUGAAGGAAUUGCAAGAAGAAGGCCAAGUUGAAACUCAUGAUGCUUCAACCAGAGCUCUAAUUAACCAAUUCAAAGCUUGGGCUUAG